AGUUCAAAGUCCCUGACGCCUGUAGGUGUUCAUAAGCGCCCAACAGACAACAUUGUGUUUAUCCGGCAGUGACAGGAGCCACUGAUUCAUACAGUAGUUCCAUUUUUACCACAUUUAGAAACACAAUGGCGCGAGUGGAAGUAAACAAUGUGACUGUUUCUCAGGGGGUUCGAAUGCUGUUCAGUCUAAUGACUCCCAAUGAAUCAUCAUUCGCGACUGUACAAGAGGUGCCGAAAUAUGUUAAUCAGGCCACACCAUAUUUCAUUGGUUUGAUAUUGUUGGAGGUUGUGCUGGGAUGGUUAAAGACAGAUGGUCCUCGCAUCAAGAUCAACGACUUCAUCACGUCUUUGUCCGCAGGGAUGAUGUCCCGUCUGCCUCAGCUCAUGGUGAGAAGCUUGGAGCUGUCAGCUUAUAUUUAUGUCUGGAACAACUUCCGUUUAUUGGAGCUUCCCUGGGAUUCAGCUUGGACGUGGUGGCUUGCGUUUUUUGGUGUGGACAUGGGAUACUACUGGUUCCAUCGAUUUGCCCAUGAGUUAAACUUCCUGUGGGCUGGUCAUCAGGUUCACCACAGUUCUGAACACUACAAUCUGUCGACAGCGCUACGCCAAUCUGUCACUCAGCAGUUUUCCUCAUGGCUGUUUUACCUUCCGUUGGCGCUGAUGGUCCCUCCGUCAGUGUUUGCAGUGCACAUACAGUUUAACCUGCUGUAUCAGUUCUGGAUUCAUACUGAGUUGGUCAAAGAUCUUGGACCUCUGGAGUGGAUCCUAAAUACUCCCAGCCACCAUAGAGUUCAUCAUGGGCGCAAUCCAUAUUGCAUCGAUAAAAAUUAUGCAGGAAUUCUGAUUAUAUGGGACAAGAUGUUUGGUACGUUCACUCCUGAAAGUGAUAAAGUUGUCUAUGGGCUCACACACCCAAUCAACACAUUUGAAAUCUGGUCUGUUGAGUUCCUUUAUUACCCGUACCUGUGGCAGAGGUUCUGGGAGGCUGAAGGAAUUUCAAAUAAGCUGUCUGUCAUUCUUAAAGGGCCAGGCUGGACUCCAGGAAAACCAAGACUGGGAGACAUUGCUGAUAUACCCCAGAUUACAGGAGAGGAAAUGCCUUACGAUCCAGCAUGGUCCUCUUCAAUGCAAGCCUAUGUGUUCAUACAGUUCAUGCUUCUGUUGGAUGUAUAUAACAACUUGUUAACGGAUCAAACGAUACUUUCUGAGAUGACUGUACUUCUCUUGACUGCCUACGUAUUACUUUCUCUAACCUCUCUGGGCUUCCUGAUAGAUCAGAGGGCUAAUGCAGCUGAAUUGGAGAUGAUGAGAUGCGUUUUGAUAAUGGUGCUUCUUCGGUUUGGUUACAUUAUACCUCUGGUGCCUGUUUUGGCUUUUCCAAUUGAGGCCUUUGUCGUAAUCUCUGCAAUCUUCUGGAGUCUACAGUGUGUGAACCAGCUUGGUAACAGGAUGAAGAAACAAAACUAGAUAAGAGACCAACUAACCUCAACAAUUAACCUCAUAUUGACAUUUCACAGAGAUAGUUUUGCAAAUCAUUCUCCUUACAAACUUUUGACUCUGAUUUUGGUUUAGCAUUGAAAAGAUGCUAUUAAAAUGGUAUGAAUGAAGAUACUAACACAGUAACGACAUGUGUAUUGUAAAGACAAUAUGGUUCUAAGUGCUCAGAAUGGUACAAACUAACUUUUCAAUCAUAAGCACAUCUAAUGCAUGCAGUAAAUUAAACUUAGAAGGUACCGAUUUAUAUUAACUGUAGCUUUAUCUGCAUGCAUAUCUCAGUUUUAUCAUACAGAAUCUACCUGAGCUUUUACUGACAACAUAAAAGAGCACCAUGCAUUUAUUUUUAAAUGUGAUUUUAACAUGUAAUAUUUUAUAGCUAUAUAUUGUAUUUUAGGAAAAAAUUUUUCUUCUUACAAUAGAGAGGCUGGUUGUUAGCUGUGGUGUGCUCUCAUGUAAUUCUACAAGUUACCACCAGGUGGUACUAGCAGGGCCACUAAAAUUGUGUCCCCAUUUCAUUCAGUAGCCUACUUAUGUUUAUUGAUCAUUUCAUUGUUUUUGGAGGGACAGUUUCAGUGGAGAACAAUUCCUAUAGGACGAGAAGAACAGAGCACUUAAAACCACUGAUUUCUUACAAUAAGUUGAAAAAGUAUUGGUUUUGAAAUAUUAUUUUUGUUGUUAUUAUCAUUAUUAAUGAUGAGAAUAAAUAAAUAAAUAAAAUAAGAAUA